UGGCUCCACUUUUAGUUCCCAGGCUGGGGCCACUCUGGGAGUGACUCAGGCAGGAGCAGCACCCCGUGUUGAGAGCCUGCCCUGGCAGGGAGGGAAGGGCAGGACAAGGAGUUCUCGCUAGUGGCGUGUCUGGCUGUAGAACUCCUGGGAGCUCCCUUCUCCCCCAGUUCGGAGAAGUUCCCUUAUCUCCCUGCUCAGUCUCUGGACUAUGGACUUGCCUCCCCCUGUGCAUGGCCCCAGCUGGAUGGGGGCUGUGCUCUUCCUUGGAGGACAGCUCCUAGCACUCUGGCCUGUGGCAGCUGUGGAAGUUCACACUUCCAGGGAAGUAGAGGCUCUGAAUGGGACCAAUGUGCGCUUAAAAUGCACCUUUACCAGCUCCAGCCCUGUUAGCCAGCGUGUGACGGUGACCUGGAACUUCCGGCCCCAGGGAAUGAACUCUCCUGAGUCUGUGCUCUACUACUAUGAGGAGCCCUAUCCCCCAACCAGUGGGCGGUUUAAAGAGCGAGUCACCUGGGACGGGAACAUCGACCGGAACGAUGCUUCCAUCGUCGUCUGGAACUUGAAUCCCACUGACAAUGGGACGUUCACUUGCCAGGUGAAGAACCCGCCAGAUGUUGAUGGCACGAUUGGCGAAAUCCAACUCCGUGUUGUGCAGCAAGUGCAUUUCUCGGAAAUCCACAUCCUGGCUCUGGUUAUAGGGUCUGCCUGUGCUCUGAUGAUCAUUGUGGUGAUAAUGGUAGUUGUCUGGCGACACUAUCGGAACAGACGAGGGCAAGAGAAGAGCAUUGAGAUGGUGGAGACAGAACUAACAGAAAAGGAGAAGCUGAAGAGUACAGAAGAGAAGGUAGCUGUCCCGUUAGAAGACUAAGGCUCUCUGACUAAAGAGCACAUACAGUGCAGCUUCUCCCCUGCAGAAGUUUCAGAAGCAGGUGGCUAAUCUUGUGAUUUCAGACGUUAGAACAAAGCUGAAUUACAGAUGUCUGAUGCUGCAACUGUGGUAUCCCUGUUCACCUUAACAUUUGUGCCACGGCAAGAUGGUGGGAUUAAAAUAAGUGUGAGAUCUUAUUUCCUGCCAUUGAAACAAUGCAGGGGAAACUUGGCCUAUCAACAGUGAAGUUGUCUUUGGUCUUCAGUCCAGAUGUAGCUAUUGGAGAAAUGUACGUCCUUUGCAGAAUUUCAUUUGAUUCACUCUGUUGAAGAAGAAAAAUCCCAAAUUCAAAGAUUCAGGAACAGAUUUUUCAAAAUUCUCAUCUUGGCCUGUGGAAGAACUUUGGAAAAAAUGCCUUUAAUUUUUUUGAACUGUUUUUUCCUGUUUUUCCUUCCCUCCUUUACAAAACAACCCCCUCGCCCGCCACCAUAUUUGUAGAAAAGAAAAGGGGGGGGGGGAAGAAUGAUAGUCUCUCUGAAUGAAAAUGGGCAAUGGUUAACCCAUUCCUAUUGCAAACUGUCUGUGCUUGCAACACUCUGAUUGGUUCUUGCUUUAAUUCUUAAAUUUGGUUUGCACUAUUUUUCCUCUCUCAAAGAAGCUCUUUAAAUCUUUCUAAAAAGAAGAAUGAUGAGACGGUUUGAUCACAGGGACAGCUUAUUGCAAGAACGGGGUUUUGAUCCCAUUGUUACGCGAAGUGGAAAGUGUUACAGUUUUGGACUGUGUGGCCGUUUCUUUGGCUGGAAUUGUAUUUAGAAGUGGAUGCAUUUUUCAGUUUGACUUUUGACAUUUUAGGUGACUUAGUGUGUCUGAAAGUGACAGACUGAGAACCCUGCCUAUUAUCAGCUGCAGUGUGGGCAGAUUCUAUGGUGGUCUCUGCCCAUUCCUAUUCUACUGAUGCACCAAAAUCCUGACUUCCCUUUGCUGAUUCAGACCUGGUCCCCCCCUCCACUGAUUUCUAUUGAUUCAUCUCAGUCCUGACCUUCAGCACCCCUUGUUGUUUCCCAGGACCUAGGCACAGUUUGCAGAUGCCCCUCAACUUUGGCUUGCAACAGUCACUUCUGUUCCAGCCUAGAGUUUCUCCUAAAUAAACACUACCAGCUGUGCCUAAUCACAGUACAGUUUUAUUUCAUAUCAAAGUUCGAUGGCUUGGUUCCAUUGUAUCAAGAUUCUGGGAGGUCCAAAGCAGCACUGAUACCUCUCAGUGAUGCAAGUAGCUCUCUUUUAGAUAUGCAAAUUGCUGCACAAGGAAUUUGUCUCAAUGCUAAUUACUGCUCCAGGUUACUAGUAGCACAUCUUCUUAUUAAAUAUGUGGUGAGCACAUCAGAUUCAGUGCUGCUGCAAAUCUCAGUUUAAAAUCAAGAACACAAAUCAAUACCUCAGAGCUGUUUCUGUAUUUAAUUGGCAAUAACUCAAAAUAUGAGCUUGUUUGUUUAACAAGUAUUUUUGUUUUUAUGGCCCUGCCUGUGAAAUGCUUACUAUAUUAUCUCAGUUCAUUUGUUUUCUUUUCUUAUCAUGGGUAUCAUAAAUAAAUUUGUUUUGUGGACAUUCAGAAGCUAUGACAGUAUAACUACCACAAUGUAAGCCUAGGGAAACUGCAAACCAGCCUGUCCUCAACACAGUUGUUCUGGUUUUUGACACAAUGGAAUAGGUGCCCCCAUAUCAUGACAAUGAGUAAUUAUUUGGAUAAAAGAGGAGUUUAACAUGCGCCCCUAAGUGACUGAAUGAUAACAUUUUGUUGCAAUAUAAGUAUGUUUGUGUGCAGCACAAUGCUGUGGCACUGGAAUGCGUAUAAGGAGCAGCAACUAAUGCAGAAAUGAAUUGCGAACAGCUUCUUCCUGCUGUAGCUGCUGCUCUUCUCUCAGAUCUUAUACCCUUUCAGGUGCAGACACAUAUGCCCUCAUUGAACAACCCUAAAUUGGAACUGAGAUCCACAUACAAUUCCAGCAGGAUUCCAAGGAGGAACAUUCCAAAGCGGUCCUGCAAAGCUCCCACUGACUUCAGUGAAAGAAGGAUUGGAGCAGUUGGGGAAGGAGCAUAUUUGUACAGUGUCCAGUCUCACUUCAAACUAAACACAAAACAUUGGACACAAGACCUUAAUAUAGGUAAACCCAGCUUAUCCAAACUCCAAAUUUCACUUGACCCAAAAUUUGUUUCUGUCCUCCAAGGCCCCAAAUCAUAUAGAGGGUCUAGUGCAAGUCACAGCUAUGGAGUCUGUACUGUUACUAUUUUGAAUCUUCAAAUGAACUGGCUGCAGGUUAAAUUGAAUUAUCAGACACUGCUGUGCUGUGGAAACCCACAUCCUAUAGUUCAACAUACCAUCCGUAUUCAGCUACCCAUUUUAGUAGCAAUUUUUAGAGCAGUAUUCCUUCAUUCUGUGUUUUAUAGUUUCUCUACUUCCUCUUCUGCAAACAUAAUUGUCUAAUUCUGCAUGUCAAUUUCAAGGCCCUGAUCCUGCCAGCUGUUCUGCUUGGGCAGACCCCUUCAAUAGAGAGGAGACCCAUUUACUUCAACAGGGUUCUGGUUGGGUGCAGGAGUCUGCUCACAUGGAACAACUUGUAGGAUCAAGACUCAUGGGAAGUAUCUAGAUGAUGUGCAUGAGCAUUUUUAUACUAGUCAAACAGCUGCUUAGUUAUAGACAAGUUUGAUAUUUUAAUUUUUUUGCUGUAAAACUUGUUUCAGCACAGACAAACUACAGUAAGUAAGGGGCUGUGUCCCAUCUGUGCAGACAGGUAUUCUUUUGUACUGUAACUUAUUUUAAAUGAGCUUUUCAAGUCAUUGUAUGUAAAUAAACCAUUUUUAGUAUUAAA